AUGUUGUUGCGUCAGGCGUGUAGCACGUUAAGGAUGGGUUUACUUCGCAGAUCAAUGGCUACUGCUGGUCGGCGGCCAGAUACGCCACAAAGGAUGGUGAGUCUGUAUGUUUAACAUAAAUUCCAUUCCUGUGAAUAUUAGCCUUAUCCUUGGGAGCAACUACAGAAUACAGGGCCAUAUUUUAAGGUCUUAAACAGAAGUGGCUCGGUGGCUCGCUAGUCACGACAAGUGUUUAAAGAACGAGAAAGAUAUAAGACAUAUAAGUAUAAGACAGACAUAGAAGUCGGCGGCUCGGUGGCUCUUCAGUCGAGGUUAUAUAGUUUAGUGGCUCGACGGCUCGGUGGCUCGUUAGUCGGGACUACCGAGCCACCGAGCCACCCCAACGAAUAUACCUAGAAAAUUUGCCCUGUAUUCUGUAGUUAAACUUUUUUCUUUGUUUUAUUUUUCUGGUACUGUGCUAUCAGUUUAGAAAAAAUAAAGGUUAGGUGCUGCGAUUUCCUCACAGAGUCAAAUAUGUAUCGAUCUAGACCGUUCCAGCACAGGUUUACCAUCUGCCUUAGUUGAAAUAUUGAUUUAAUCUAUUUACGACACCUUGCUGGGUCAUAAGUAGAUGCCCUGCAAUAUGCAGUCCUUCGAAGUUGUUUAUUUAUUUUGCUUGUGGGUAUGGUAAAACCUCUAGUUGGAAAAUUUUCACGCACAAGUGGAGAUACGAUGAUAACGUUGAAUUUAACCUGCAUUAAACUUUAAUUUGGUUAUCCACAAAUACAAGACUGUUAUAGAGUUUUUUCACCGUAGGAAAGUUGAGGGCUGGCUCAGAAAUUAGGGGGCAAAUUUGUAAGGGUGUAAUUCACUAGGGGGCAAACUCACUGAUAUUCUUAGAAUUGGAUUAUAGUUCUGAAAAAUCUUCAAGUUAAACUUUGAUAUGUUUCUUCCUCAGACACCUCUUCACCAAGCUGUCGCUUUCACAGCCAUUUUCUGUGGAGUCCUUGGGCCCGGAGUUUUGCUCAUGUUGACACGCGAGAAACCUAUCAGCGAACAUUGA